CCCCGAUGUACUUUAGCAGGUCGGUAAAAUGACGUGCUGAGGGUCGUGGGAUUUGUAGCUGAGCGCCACAGUAAACUCAAGUCAUAGAAAGAUACCCUGGACAGCGCACCUUCUGUCUCCGCUAAUUCUGCUUGCCUAGGCUACCAGUGUUUAGGCUACUGAAGAAAAUAACUAGCGCAGCAUAGGCUACAUCACCGGGACAAUUUCCCUCAAUUUAUUAUGGACCAACUAGUGGCCUUUGACAAGAAGGUGAAUUAUUUUGUGGACUAUUUAUUUGGUGAAAGAGAUUCCAGAGUGAGAGGAUGGCUCUUGUUGGAUUCAUAUCUACCCACACUAUCCUUCACCCUAGUCUACCUUCUUAUAGUAUACCUUGGACCAGUGUACAUGAAGAACAGGCCAGCAUAUUCAUUGAAAAAAGUAUUACUUGUAUACAACUUUUCUGUGACUAUGCUCUCUCUCUACAUGCUCAUUGAGCUGAUAUCUGCAUCCUGGGCAGGGGGUUACCGGCUACAGUGCCAGAGUCUCCACGGCGCGGGAGAUGCCGACAUCAGGGUUGCCAAAGUAUUGUGGUGGUACUACUUCUCCAAACUCGUUGAGUUCCUGGACACCAUAUUCUUUGUUCUGAGGAAGAAGAACAAUCAGAUCUCAUUCCUGCAUGUUUACCACCAUGCCUCUAUGUUUAACAUCUGGUGGUGCGUGCUGAACUGGAUACCAUGUGGCCAGAGUUUCUUUGGACCAACCCUGAACAGUUUCAUCCAUGUGCUGAUGUACUCCUACUAUGGACUGUCCACCAUUCCAUACAUGCACAGAUAUCUAUGGUGGAAGAGAUAUCUCACACAAGCCCAGCUGGUCCAGUUUGUGCUGACCAUCACACACACCCUCAGCGCUGCAGUCGUUCCCUGUGGGUUUCCCAUCGGCUGUCUCCUGUUCCAGUCCUCCUACAUGACCACCCUGGUCAUCCUCUUUGUUAAUUUUUACAUACAGACAUACAGGAAACGACAAGCAGGGGAAGAAAAAUUACCCAUUGGUGUAAGUGAUGUCAACAAGGGUCAUUCCAAUGGAUAUUCCGCUUCAAUCAAUGGAUCCAAACAAAAAAGUCAGUAGUUUUGGGCAGUGACUGAAGAGAUUAACCACCUAGAGGGGUAUCCAAAUCUAAAGAUGCUCUAAAACAGUGCUAAAGCUGAAACAGGGAUCAUUUACUGUUGUGUUUCGUAUAGAACACUCUGUUCUUAAUUCUUUAUCAAGCGGUUUGUUUCCUUAAAGCUUGAUAAUGAAACCGUGCCCGGUACUGUAUGUACAGUAGAGGGGCAUGGUAUGCAUUGACUUUUUGGUAAGUGUCUGAAAACAAGGGUCUCAAGUUUGAAAUUUCCAUUCGUCACUGAUAUCACUGUGCAGAGAAGGAAGUUUGCCAUCAAGAACACAUUACAGACGGUGAAUAUUUUUACUCAAACAGUAUUGAAUGGGAUGCAAUUGACCAUUUUCACAAUGCAUUUUAUUUUCUAAUAUUUUUGUACUGUAUGCCAUCUUCCUGUGUGAAAUACAUAUAAUAGUAAUGUACCAAAAUAUCCCUUCAGCAUUAUUAAAAAAAUUAAACAAAUGAUGCCUUAGAAACACAGAACCUUCUACCUGAUGAAUCACAAUCAUUUCAGUGUGUCUGAAUGUUCACAUGUGCAACCAUGCAAGCUGUAGUACAUUUAACAAAAGUAUUUUAGAAAAUUAUAUUUUAAAAAAUGUUCUUACAAUUUUCUUAGACUUUAUAAGUGGUCAAUUAAGGAAAAUGUUAUUGAUCAAUGUGUGUUUGGGGAUGGAUAACAAUAUCAGAAAAAAUAAAGUCAUAAAAGACCA